ACAGAUCGAAAUUAUAAGCUGAUGAUUUGACAAUAUUUGUAAUAAUUUGUUUGUAAACUUAAAAUGUUUUGUUUUUUAUUACAUAAAUAAAGUCGUAAAACAAUGGAACAAGUAGUUGAAGAUAUAGAAAAUAAGGUGAAGAAAACGGAUGAACGGCUCGAUAAUCUAGCGGAACAGGUUGGAAAUAUUGAAAGUGGAAUAUUCUCAGAAGACGGCGAGAAAAUCGAAGUGCACAAUAUUUUAAAAUCGGUCAGUGAAGUGAAGAGUAAUUACCAAAAUCUGAGAAAAGACAUAAUGGAGGUUCAAGACCUUCAGAAGCAGCUGAGUUUAACACUUGGUCAGCAGCUCAAAAUGAUGCAGAACAAGUUUAAUAUGUUAAAGGAGAGGAUUAAUGUGGCAGAAUCUUCAAAAUUAGUCAGACCGAAAUCACCCACAAUAGAUCUGGAUGACCAAUAAGUAUCUUUCGUUACUACCGCUUUUUGUGCUUCUUAAGGACUAAGAAAAUAAGACCUGUUUGUAACCAGGAGAUUUAAGUUCUCGCCAAAAAGCUUAGUAGUUUUUACAAAACCUUUAAGUAGCUGUUGGCAUUGAAGAAACUUCUUUUGUUAAACCUGUUAUAGAACCAGGAUUUCGCAUAUUUAGAGUUUUCGAAGUUUUAAUCAUUCAUAAUUGUGUAUUCUAUAUUCCAAUCUGGCAAUAGCAGUGACCCAAUUCAAAAAAAAAAAGAGGAUGGUAAUGUAGUAGCAAAGUACAAGUUUUUUUUAUUUUUAAAGUAAAUAUGCAUUUUUGAGUGAAGUCACUGUUUAUCUUGGGAUAUAAUACCCAAAAAUAGGAAAAUAAAUGUCCAUAAGCGUUUUAUUUUGCAAACAAAAAAUUGUGUAUUUCGAAUCAGAAUUAUUGCAUUUGCUCCAAAACUGAUCAAUUCUUCUUCAUGAGAAUCAACAACUAUUGUAGCCUGUGAGGGUAAAAACAGCAGACCUUUCGAUACUGAAAAGAAGGAUAUUUGUCUCAAAUUUGUUUCGUGUCUUUUUCCUUUUUUUUUAACUUGGUUUUUUGUUCAUUUGCAGUCAGAUUAAUGGACAUAUGAAAAGAUUGUGCCUACCAGUUUUGCAUAUUAUUAUUUGUAAUAUAAAAUUUUUCAUUUUGUGAUGUAAACUAAAAGCUGACAUAACAUGAGGUACUGGUUUAAUGUUGGUUAUGCUUAUUGUUGGCAGUAUUUGAAGACUAAACUUGAUGUAAUGUGCAUGAAUAUUGUUAAAUGCUAAUUUCGCUAUCCCUCAUAAAUGUUUCUUUAGCUUUUAAUGCCUUCUUAGCGUGCUGACUUAAAAAACGAUUAUAACCCCAGUGUCUCGCACACAUAUUCUAACUGAUUUGUGAUACAAUUAUUAUUAUUAAUUAGUUUUUGUAAUUAUAGACAGACCUGUCGGAUGCAGCUGCUUGGUAUAGGGAAGUGGAAAAAGUCCUUCACAAGCAUGUCAAUUCAUAUUUUGAUUGUCUUAUUUUAAAGGGCAUGUAUGCAUGGACAUGUUUUCCAAAGCACAUCAUCAGAUUUUAAUGAAACAGAUUUGAUAAUUAUUAGCCAAUAGCACUUCGACGAUACAGUACGCACCUGUAAGUAAAAAUUGUUAAGUACCUCGUCAAUUUGAAUGGAACCUAUUAAGAAUCCAGCUCAAAAGUAUUAUGCACCUAAAGCGCAAAAUAUUUAGACACGUAGGUAAUAAGAUGUAUACAUAGAUGUCGACCCUAUAUUUUGCCACUUCCAGAUAGUAGUGCAUUUAUGAAACAAAUUGCAUUCGAUUGGCAUUGGGUUCGUGUUCCUUCUUCUUUCAGACUUCUUGCUCUCGGCGUAGUUCAAGUGAGUUGAAGCUCUAAUCUUAUUUUUCUGCUGUUUUUCAUGGUACACAACCUGCUAAAAAAAAUGUUAUACCUUCGCUAUAUUAAUUUCAACCCUUUUUUUAUAUAAAUUUUAUAGGUAUAGGGGACUUUUGCAACUUUUUGCUCAAAUCUUUACUAUAAAUAUAUCCCUUAAACGGCACAAUAUUUUCAGUAUAUUUUAGAAAUACGACGACCUGUUGAUAUAUUUUUAGAAUGAAUAGUGUAAUUUGUACCUUUUAGAUGUUUUUAAAUGCGAUAUACACCUUACGCCAUCAUUCGUAAUUUGUUGACAUUAUUUAAAAUAAAACAAACAUUUUAAA